AUGGAGCAAGUAAUAUGCAAGCUUCAACUAGCUCUUAUAGCUGUGGCCAAGAAAAAUCUUCCAAUUUCUAAUUUCUUUCGUAUUGUUGGUGAUGUGGUAAAUGUUGUUGGAUCAUCCUGCAAACGUUCUGAUCUUCUUAAGGAGAAAUAUUCAGAUUUUAUUGUUGAGGCACUAGAGAGGGGUGAAAUUUCAAGUGGUCGAGGGCUUAAUCAAGAAACUACUCUUCAACGUGCUGGGGAUACACGUUGGGGGUCACAUUACAAUUCUUUGAACAGUUUGAUUUCUAUGUUCUCUGCUGUCAGUGAUGUGCUUGAAAUGAUUUCAGAAGAUGAUUCCAGUUCUCCUGAUCAAAAAACUGAGGCAUUUAAUUUAUUGGAGUCAAUACUUUCAUUCGAUUUUGCAUUCAAUCUACACUUGAUGAAACAUGUCUUAGGGAUUUCGAGUGAAUUGUCGACGGCAUUACAAAAGAAAGAUCAGGAUAUUGUAAAUGCAAUGGAUUUGGUACAAGUAUGCAAACACCAACUCCAAAAUAUGAGAGAAGAUGGUUGGGAUUCAUUUUUAGAAAAGGUUCAGUAUUUUUGUCAACAACAUUACAUUGAUUGUCUCAAAAUGGAUGAUAUGUUCACACGUUGGGCACCACGUGGUCGUCCCCAUCGUAAUCCACCAGAAGUGACAAAUUUACAUCACUAUCGAGUUGAUUUAUUUUAUGGUGUUAUUGAUAUGCAACUUCAAGAAUUAAAUGAUCGUUUCUCAGAGGCAAGUACAGAGUUACUUCUUUGUGUAGCUUGUUUGUGUCCACAAAACUCUUUUAUAGCUUUUGACAAGAAAAAAUUGUUGCAACUGGCUGAGUUUUAUCCACAAGAUUUCUCAAGAUUUGAUCUUCUCGUACUUGAUGAUCAACUUGAAACUUAUAUAUGUGAUAUGCAUUCUAACAAAACAUGUCAAGGAUUGAAAGACCUCGGUGAUCUUUCAGAGAAGUUAGUUAUGUCAAAGAAAAAUAUGGUGUAUCCAUUGGUUUUUAAACUUUUGACAUUAGCAUUAAUUUUACCAGUUGCGACUGCGUCUGUAGAGAGAGUAUUUUCUGCCAUGAGAAUUGUGAAAGACAGGUUGCGCAAUCGAAUGAGUGACGAUUGGAUGAAUGAUAGUCUUAUUGUCUAUGUAGAGAAAGAUAUAUUUCUAACGCUAUAUUUCUAUACAGAUUUCAUCAAUGUGGAUGGUAUUGGCUUGAUGCUUGAAAAUUAUGAACAACUUUUGAGUGUAUCUUAUAACCAAGAAUCUUUUUGA